UCUGAGUUUAAGAAAAUUAUAUAUAUAAUAUGGAAGAUAUCUUUUCAGCAUCUAGAGAGGGCAAUGUCAAGUUUGUAAGACAGUUUCUGGAUAACAUUGAAAAUGAUCUUAAUGAAGGUGAUGAUCACGGAUUUACGCCAUUGCACUGGGCCUGCAGGGAAGGUCAGUUAGUUGUGUUUGAAAUGUUGAUGGCUCGAGGUGGAAGAGCCAGUGCAAGGAAUGAUGGUGGUGACACAGCACUUCAUCUAGCUUGUGCUCAUGGAAAUAAAGACAUAGUACACAAACUUAUCCAACACAAGGCAAAUGUGAACCUUAUGAACGAACACGGAAAUACACCGUUGCACUACGCUUGUUUUUGGAAUUUGGAAACUAUUGCUGUUGAGUUAGUAAACAAAGGUGCACUGGUCUCACAAUGCAAUCGCUAUGACGAAACGCCAUUGGAUAAAGCAACACCAUUUUUGAAAAACCUACUAAAAGAAAAAGCAAAAAAUUUGGGUCAAGACCUAAACAGAGUGGAGUUUCAAGAACCGAAAAACCUAAACAACAGCAGUUAUGACUAUUCAACGUUAAAAGGUGGAUCUGUUGGAAUUGAUAUUGGUGACAUUCACUUAAUGGAAAGGAUAAGUGAGAGCAGUAAUGGAGAGUUAUUCAAAGGUGUCUGGAAUAACGUACCUGUUGUAGCUAAGAAACUAAAAGUUCAUGGUUUUCACAAGAGAUUGCAACUCCAUUUCAAUGAAGAGUAUCCAAGAUUAAGAAUUUUCUCACAUCCUAAUAUUCUACCUGUCAUCAAUGCAGUCACGAAGCAGCCAAACCUUAUGGUUAUCAGUCAGUUCAUGCCUUAUGGUUCUUUGUAUAACAUCUUACAUGAGGGAACAGGUAUUGUGGUCGAUCAAGUUCAAGCCAUCAAAUUUGCUCUAGACAUAGCUAAAGGAAUGGCUUAUUUCCAUAGCUUAGAGCCACUCAUCCAAAGAUUCAAUCUCACAAGUUUUCAUGUUGUGAUUGACGAAGAUCUUACCGCAAGAAUAAGUAUGCAAGAUGUCCGGUAUUCUUUCCAAGACCACACUAAAAUAUUCAGACCUAACUGGAUGUCACCAGAAGUACUACGCAGUAACCCUGCUUCUGUCGACCAACGUUCCGCAGACAUGUGGAGUUUUGCAAUUAUAAUGUGGGAAUUAGCGACACGCGAAGUUCCUUACAUAUCUCUCUCUGCGAUGGAGUGCGGAAUGAAGAUUGCCACGGAGGGAUGCCGACCACCCAUGCAACCAGGUAUGCCACAACAGCUAAACAAAUUGAUUACUCUGUGUUGGAAUGCCGACCCUACGAAAAGACCACGUUUCGACCAAAUCGUUCCAAUUUUACAGAAAAUGUAACACUCAUGUGACGACACUUCUGUUUUUUGUAGUCAGAAUUUUAAAUUAUAUAUAUUAUAUAUUUUCUUUUUUUUUAUACCAGCGAGUCAAAAAUCUUUUUUAAAAAAACGGAGGUUCAAAAUCUAUUUAUAGUGGUUCUACUUAGGUAUCAUUAACAUAACGCAUAUAUAUACACAUUAAUUGUCACACAAUUACCACCCGUUCUGCCGUCGCCCAUCAGUCAUAAAAAUAUGCAUUUUGUUCCUGCUACCAUCUUUAGUUGCUAAAGCUAGGGGUGCUAAAUUAGACAGGUUUUCUGUUUCCAGGUAGAGUAAUUUCGCCGCGCGUUUUAUUGUCUCAGCGGGGAUUGUGUUUGUUGUAGAGGUGUUGUUAGUUAAGCUAUUAAUUUUUAACCAGGUAGUACUCAUUUUUAUGGUCCUCCUUGCCUGUGUACAGUUUCUAAAUAAAGUUUGGUUUCCAUUACCGUAAGUGUUGUACAACGGUCACUGUUCCGACUUUAUUGGAGAGAUGUUGCACAAUAAAUAUAUAUAUAAAUAUCUUAAUGGAAAUCGACCUUAACGUGAAUAACCUUAACGCUAAUUAGCUUUUUAACUGACUUUAGUGCAGGCCAUUUAAAUCAGAAAACCAUAACCCAUUUCGUAGCUUUAUAUUCAACAUGCGGAAAUGUUGAAUAUUUCUAUUAUCAAGAAAGUAUGGGUUGUGUGGAAUAUGAUGGAUUGAUUUGGCUAACUUUAUCCUUUCAUUUCACAUUCAUUUUUUAUUUAUCAGAAAUAUUUUUGGCCAUGUAUCUUAUGUAAAUUUUUUUCUAGACGAAUAAAAAUAAAAAUUA